CUUGACAAGAUGAAGUCCUCUAUCUUCAUUCUAUCUCUGUUCCUCCUUCUGGAAAGACAGGCAGCUGUGGUUGGACAGUAUGGUGGGACAAAAGGUCACUUCCAGAGCAGCUCAUCAGGGUUUAUGCUUGGUCAGAAAGGCCACCUCAAUUUCGGGCUCAAAGGAGGAAGUGAGGAAGCAGCUGAAGAAAGCAUUUUCAUGCAAUCACAACACCAGAUGUUCGGCCAGGAUGGUGGUGACAUGGCGCAGACAAGUGUUUCACAAGAGCAUACAGGUGUAAAGGGGGCCGCGAUUUGUCGUAAAGGACAAGUAUCCCAAUUGAAAUCCCAAGAAUCCCAAAUAAAAUCCUUUAGACAAGUAAAAUCCAGUGGACAGCUGAAAUCUGGAGGAUCCCAAUUAAAAUCCUUUGGACAAGUGAAAUCCAGUGAGUCCCAAUUAAAAUCCUUUGGCCAAGUGAAAGCCAGUGGGUCCCAAUUAAAAUCCUUCGGACAAGUGAAAGCCAGUGGGUCCCAAUUAAAAUCCUAUGGACAAAUGAAAUCCAGUGGGUCCCAAGUGAAAUCCUUUGGACAAAUGAAAUCCAGUGGGUCCCAAGUAAAAUCCUUUGGACAAAUGAAAGCCAGUGAGUCCCAAAUAAAAUCCUUUGGACAAAGAAAAUCCCAAGGUGGUCAACUACAAUCCUAUGGCCAAAUGAAAUCCUAUGGGCAGACGAAAUCCCUAGAAUCCCAGGCCAAAUCCUUCGGACAAGUAAAGUCCCAAAGUGGCCAAAUGAAAUCCUCCUAUGGUCAGAGAAAAUCCUAUGGUGAAGAGACUCAACUGAAGUCUUUCGACCAAGAUGCCCAACUAAAAUCCUAUGGUCAACAAAAAUCCCAAAAACAAUCCUCCUUUAGCCAAGUAAAAUCUCAAAGUGCCCAACUAAAGUCCUUUGGCCAACAAAAAUCCCUCAAAGGGUUUUCUCAACAAACUCAACAGAAAGGAUUUGCCAUGGAUGAAGAUUUGUCACAAGUGCGGAAACAAUUUGACGAUGAUGACCUCUCUGUACAACAGAAGUCUACCCAACAGAUGAAAACAGAGGAAGACUUAUCCCAAUUUGGACAACAACGACAAUUUGGACAAGAACGCUCCCAAUCCUAUAAAGGAUAUCUUGCACAAUACAGAAAGAAAUUACAGGAACAACAACAACAGAAAAAUUUUAAUCAGGAUAACUUUUUUACAAAGGGAGGGGCAGGCCUAUAUCAGGCUCAACUUAAGGGAUAACAUAUUCACUGAGCAACUGAAGACCAAGAUCAAUGUCAAGGACUCACCUCACCAGAGUCAAGUCUAUGAUACCUUCAAGAUGCAGGCUGCAACAUCAUUCCAGUUCGUUGGUUCAUGGACAAUCCUCUACUCACUUUCGCUUUUCUGUAGGACUUCUGCCCCUGGAGCUUCCCCCAGACACUAGCUUUCCAAUAAAAAAAUAACUUUCUGCAUCA